AGCCAAACUUCUCGGAAGCUUACAGCCACAUGAUCGACUGAAAGUGACGCUUUUCUUCUCACAGAUGGUACUAUCUACGGUUUUUGUAGCGAAAAUUGUGCAACUAUAACCUAGCCGUUUCUUCCCUCUUUCAUGCCAACAACCGGAUACCCAUGUCGCGUGACUCUCUGAUCUAUAAAAAGGGAUGGAUGUAUAUGCUGGAUGAAGAUGAAGAGUGGAGGAAGUAUUGGUUUGUGAUCGCUGACUCAGGACUGAGAUACUAUAGAGACUCUGAGGCUGAAGAGAGGGAUGAGGCAGAUGGUGAGAUUUAUUUACAUCACUGUCUGAGAGUGGAGGAAUUUGAUGCCGACAAGAACUAUGGACUUCAACUGCAUAUGCGUGAUGGACUGGUGACUCUGUCUGCGAUGACCUCCAGAAUCAGGAGGAACUGGAUCGACAUCCUGAGAAGAAGAAUGUCCUUCAGGGAUUCAGCUGAAAUCAUCCAACACCCAGACAACGGUGAUAUCAGUGAUAGAGAGAACUCGAAUACACCAUCUCGAACCUCUUCAUCACCACCACAUCAGCAUGACCCGGGGUCUGAUGUCACUGGUCAAUAUCACGAUGAACCAGACAUGACGUCCUCACCGUUAACUAAUCGAAGGGAGGCGGGCGAGGGCCGUGACAGAGAACACGAGAGACGCCUCGAGGACCGGACCAAGUGGUUACAGGAGGGAGUGUCAGACAAAGAGGGUGAGGACCCCUGGGAUAAGGUGGAGUUAAAGAAAGGUGCUGUAACUUCAGUCAUUCUGACCCGGCAAGAGGUCCCCGAUGCUCCAACAGGGCCGGACAUCGAGAGGAAGUGGGUGGACUUUGAGCAGCUACCAUUUGGAGAGCCAAGGUCGCUGUCGCUGGUUGGUUCCCAGACUCCACAAGCGAUGAAUGAGCUGCUUCAGCGAGAGGUUCUGUCUCUGAGGCAGCAGAUCGAGGCUCUUCGCCAGGGUCAUGUGGCGGCCGGUGUCACGGGUCUCUGUGGUCCUGAUGCGCCCUGCACUGUUAGACUGGAGCAAAUGGAGCGAGAGCACAGAGAGAGACUGCAGGAGAUACACAAUGAGCACGAGAGAGAACGCAGAGAGAUGGAGAGAGACAAACAGAGACUGCUGCAGGAGGAGGCACAGAAUACUGUUCAAGCUGUGGAGGCUCUGAGGAAAGCUCAUAAGGAGGAGAUGGAGAGACUAAAGGGACAUGGAGAAGAACAAACAGACCCCUCCAUCAAACAACAACUGCGCAAGUCUGUUUCUCUGCAGCAUGAGUUAGACGGUCUGUCCGAGCAUUACUCACAACAGUGUGUGGAGCUCAACCACAUCAACCACAACAGCACUGAAGAGAGAGACGGAGCAAUCCAACAGAAGGAGAGAGAGAUGGAGCAGCUCCGUAGAGAGAACCAGGAACUACAGGUGUGUCUGACCGAGGAGAUAAGUCUCAUGAGGUCCUUCAUCACAGGUCAAAGGUCAGGAGUUGUGCCCCUUGGUGGCUACGAAAGGAGCACUUCAGAAUUAGAGAUGUUUUUGCGAGUGAAGGAGGGCGAGGUGGAAUAUCUACACAAGGAAAUCAGCUGUCUAAAGAAAGAGGUUCAAAGUCUUACUAAGGAGAAUGAGACGUUGAGCGAGCGCUAUAAGGAGGUGUAUGUGGAGCUGAGUGAACUAAAGGGCCGCAGUGAGAGAGAAAUCAAUUCUCUUAAACAACACCUCAAUCUCACCAAUGCUGCUCUGGAAGAGGAGCAUCUCCUAGGCAACAGCACUGACCAAUGAGAACGUGAAAAGGAUUGCACUUGUGCACCAUGAAGAUGCAUUGUUUUUUGCCCCUCACUAUGGUCUUGUUUACGUAUUUGUUAGAAACAUCAAUGGUGCUGAAUUUGAAUUUAAUGACUGGAAUAUUUAAGUUAGUACAAUAAAAACUCUUUCUUGUG